UUCUGCUCUUCCUCCAAAGCUUGGUGCAUCAUUUCUUCCACUCCUUUUGAUUCUUGUGGAGCACUCAAGGGAUGGGAUGCUUAUAAAUCUCUGCCAUUACCUCAAAUCUAGUCAAAGGGAUGAAUGUUUUAAGCUUGGAAGUGCUCAAAUAAAGGAAACAGGGCCCUGAUAACAAUAAUUUGGCUUCAAAAGUGCACAAUUGGUAAAGUUACAUGGAAAGAUCAAACCAUGGGGUGCAGGUGAUUAUGAGAAAUCUUUUUCAUUAUGAAAUAUUGUGAGUACAAUUGAUGUGACAUCCCUACAACUGAUGAUAUGAGUCAUGAUUCACAUGAUCAGAUGCCAACUCCACUUGGGAGGUCUAAUGUGAUUCACAUGGUUUCUUUUCUAACAGAUUAAUUUUAAGAAUGUUUCAGAAUGUGAUCCAACAUCUAAUCCUUCGGUAGUCAGAUAUAGGAGAAGUAGACGACAAAAGAUGGAGGGAAAUCUAAAGCUGAAUUGACAUCUAAAGAAGCAAUGGUAUCCUGUGAGCCUCCUCCAAGGACCACCAAACUUGUCACCAUGGAUGUGGAGAGUGUUCUUCACAUGAAAGAAGGGCUGGAUGAGGCCAGUUAUGCUCAAAAUUGUUCCCUACAGAAGAAGAGUAUGGAUGCCAUGAAGCAUAUCAUAGUGGAGUCAGCGGUAGAUGCUUACGCUUCAGAGAUGCCAGAAAGCUUCACUUUUGUUGAUCUUGGAUGCUCAUCGGGGAGUAAUGCCCUGCCUCUAAUCGGAGACAUCAUCGAAGCCAUUCAUGUGAUGGCACGACGGUCAGCGAAGCCAGCACCAGAAUUCAUGGUGUUCCUCAAUGAUCUUCCAUCCAAUGACUUCAAUUCUAUGUUUCUGAGCCUUCCAUUGUUCACUAAGAAGCUCAAAGAAGGCAUCGAGUUGCAUGGAGGCAUGGCUCCAUCUGUAUACUUUUCAGCAACUCCUGGUUCAUUCUAUGGCAGGCUGUUUCCAAGAGACAGUCUCAGUUUCAUCUACUCAUGCUAUAGCUUGCACUGGCUUUCCCAGGUUCCUCCAGGGCUUGUUGACAUCAAUGGCAGGCCAAUUAACAAGGGGAAGAUGUACAUAUCUAACACAAGCCCCCCUGUUGUUGCAUUAGCUUACUUUGAGCAGUUUCAGAAAGAAUUCAGCCUCUUUCUCAAAUCAAGAUCUGAAGAGUUACAUCUCGGUGGGCGAAUGGUUGUCGCGAUGUUAGGAAGAACAACUGAUGAUCACAGUGAUAAGAGCACAAGAGUCUUGUGGGAAGUGUUAGACCAGUCUUUUGCCAUUAUGAUCUCACAAGAAAUGAUUGAUGAAGAGAAGGUUGAUACAUACAAUGUGCCAUUUUAUGCUCCGUCGGCGAGGGAGAUUGAAGAUGAAGUGCACAGAGAAGGGUCUUUUACGAUCGAUUACAUACAAACUCAUGAGCUGAGCACAAGCACUGGAGAUCCUCUAAAGGAUGCCAGAAUCACAUCAAUGGCCAUUAGAGCCAUACAAGAAUCAAUGAUCAGCCAUCACUUUGGCGAAGCAAUUAUCGAUACCUUAUUCCAUGUUUAUGGAGGACUGCUCAGUCAACUAAUGCUUAAAGAAGAAAUAAAAAGUUCUCACCUACUAAUUGUUCUAAGAAAGACACACUGAGUGAAGAAAAAUCAAUCAUCAGCACAUAAAGUUACUAUAAAGUCAAACUUUUUUAUCUACAGGUCUUCAUUGUAUUCAGAUUGUAGAUGUACAAUUUACCAGUACAUUUUAUUUACUCAAAGAUGUAUUAUCUUCUCUAAGACAAUGCCAAAUUUCUUUUCCAAAA